AUGGCGAUGAAAGGGCGCUGGCGCAAGGACAAACGCACGCAAGGCGCUGCCGGUCCUUCGUCUUCCUCUUCUUGCUCUUCCUCGUCUUCCUCUUCUUCCUCUUCUUCUUCGUCUUCUUCUUUUUCUUCCUGUUCUCCUUCAGCUUCUGCUUCUGGACAACCGAGCUCUGCAGAGGGACGCUCCAGCGCGCGGUUAUGGGCAUCGGGUGGCAACGCAACUGAGACGAACGUCUCCAGAGAGAACGGCGUCUCUGCUGCCUCCGCGGACCAGUCGGCUGUCGAUACAGCUGGAUUCUUCUCGCGCCAGCGGCUGGCCAAGGAGCAGGCUGAGGGCAAGAACAAAGGUCCUCAGAACGCCGGAGCGCUCAUUGCAUGCAGAGCGAUGAAACAAAGUGAAUAUGUCCUUUGCGACUCCAGCAGCUUCCUUGGCUUCAAGAAGGCGCUCGAAGGCGGCUCGAUCUACUUGCCGAGCUUCUGUUGCGAGAAAGACGAUUUCUCGAUCUUCAACAAGCUGCUCCGCGACCUCCAGAACUACGCAGAGCAAGUGGGGUCGAGCGCUGAUACCGCGGCUCCACGACCCAACUCUUCUUCGUCUCCUCCCGCGGCUUCGUCUUCUCCGCGCCCGAUGCCGUUCGUCGGAGCCGUGAACUGGUCUCGCCAUUUGAAGCAUGAAAAUCCUUCGUUUUCACCGACGUUUCGUCGCGUUGUUGCGCAGCUGAGCUCCUACUUUGACGUCGAGGUCUACGCGACGCGACUGAACUUGUACAUGGACGGCGGAGACUGGAAGCCAUUCCACAAGGACUCGCAUGCGUACUCCCAAGUCACGCACUUGCAGGAAGACAUCACUGUCGGCGCGUCAUUCGGCGCCUCGAGAGCUCUCGAGUUCGUCCACGACAGCAGCGACUCCGUUCGCUUUUCCUUUCCUCAGCACAACGGCGACGUCUUCGCCUUCUGCUCGGAAGUCAAUAAGGCGUUCAAACACGGCGUCCCCGCUGCGCCCGGCACAACGCUCAGUCCGCGAUUCUCCGUCAUUCUCUGGGGCCGACGCAGAACGCUCAACGAACGGAACGCAGGCGCCAGCGAGCUGGAGCGCGAGAACAGAGGUCGCCUGUGA